CUAUCUUUCCUAAGACACAAGAAAACAACUAUGGACAUUCCAUCCAUGUUUUUACUACUCUCAGGUGUUCUAGUGGUUCACUUGUCAGACUCUAAAGCAGUGGACAGAUUUUAUGCAGAUCAAGCUAUCAAAGAUGAUGGCAAUACAAUUGUUUCCCGCGGUGGGAUGUUCAAGUUAGGAUUUUUUAGCCCGGGAAAAUCCAAGUAUCGGUACGUGGGGAUAUGGUACAACAAGAUAUCAGUUUGUACACCUGUAUGGGUUGCAAACAUGGAGACGCCGAUUGUUGAUAAAACGGGCGUCUUCAUACUCACUCAUCAAGGAAACCUGGUUAUUUUGGCAGAUGGUGGAAGUACUAAAAUCUGGUCAUCCAAUUCGAUAUCUUUGACUAUGAUCAACCCAGUUGUACGGAUUCUUGACACCGGAAAUCUUGUUCUUUGGGACAAUAGUAGUACCAAUAAUCAAAACCUGAUUUGGCAGAGUUUUGAUUAUCCCAGUGACACAUUAAUAGCAGGGAUGAAAUUAGGAAUGGAUUUAAGAACAGGCUUAGAGAGGUGUUUGACGUCUUGGAAGAGUCCUGAUGAUCCUUCCAAGGGUCAAUAUGUAGAUUGUGUAGAUACAAAUGGAUAUCCGCAAGUGUUUGGGAAAAAAGGUGAUGUUUUGCAGUGGAGAAUUGGACCAUGGAAUGGUAUCGGAAGUAGUGGCCUUCCUAGUGAUGCUCCAAAUCCAUUUUACACAAUGGAGUUUGUUGUUAAUCAUGAAGAAAUAUAUUAUAAAUUUGAACUUAAAACUUCAAUAAUUCAUCACAUACAUUUGACAUGGGACGGGAAGAUACUGCAAAUGCAGUGGAUAGAGCGACUGCAACAGUGGAUUGUGUAUGCGGAUGUUGGAGUAGACAGUUUUAAUCAUUAUGGAGUAUGUGGUCCUUAUGGAAGCCAUAACAUCAAUAGGCGUCCCCUUUGUGGUUGUUUGAGAGGUUUUAAACCAAGACUUCCAGAUGAAUGGGAAGCAUCAGAUUGGUCAGGGGGAUGUCAACGAAAAAGGCCUUUAGAUUGCACAAGUGGAGAUGGCUUCUGGAAAAUAUCAGGAGUGAAACUUCCAGACACACGACAUUCAUGGUACAAUGUGAGCAUGACCUUAGGUGAAUGCGAGAUGGCUUGCAGAAGGAAUUGCAAUUGUACAGCUUAUGCAAACUUAGAUAUUAGGGGAAGUGGGUGUUUGUUGUGGUUUGAUGAGCUUAUGGACAUACGAGAAUAUGACGUGAAGCACAAUCUUUACAUAAGAAUGGCUGCCUCUGAAUUAGCUGGAAAAUUAAUAUCGCAAUCUAGCUACAAGGAGAAGAAAGGAGUGCUCGCAGGAGUGCUAUCAAUUACGUCAGCUAUGCUGUUAGUGAUGUUUGCAGUCAUGUAUGCUUGUAAGAAGAAAAUACCUUAUAUAAAACGAAGAGGAAUCUGGGAUGCACUUAAUAAAAAGAAUAGCAUUAUUCAAAUAGAAGAUACUGAUGACUUGCCUUUUUUUAGCCUGUAUGAAAUAGCUAAGGCUACAAAAAACUUUAGUAUCGAUAACAAGAUUGGAGAAGGGGGCUUUGGUCCUGUUUACAAGGGUGUGUUGGAAGACGGGCGAGAGGUAGCUGUGAAAAGGCUCUCGGAAUCAUCUGUGCAAGGGCUUGAUGAAUUCAAGAAUGAAAUCAUGUGUAUAGCCAGACUUCAGCACCGAAAUCUUGUAAAGAUUCUCGGAUAUUGCAUUCACGGAAAUGAAUUGAUUUUGAUCUAUGAAUACAUGGCUAACAAAAGCUUGGAUUCAUUUCUAUUUGAUGAAACCAGAAGUUCGAUGCUUGAUUGGCCUUGCCGUUUUCAAAUUAUCCAUGGGAUGGCUCGAGCUAUUCUAUAUCUACAUCAAGAUUCACGCCUUCAAAUCAUCCAUAGAGAUCUCAAGGCAGGCAAUAUUCUGUUGGAUGCUGACAUGAACCCAAAAAUCUCUGACUUUGGCCUUGCUAGAAAGUUUUUCGGAUCUGAUGAUACUUUCACCAAGACAAAGAAAGUGGUGGGAACAUACGGUUACAUUUCUCCAGAGUAUGCAGUACACGGGAAAUUCUCCACGAAGUCUGAUGUUUUUAGCUUUGGUGUUUUGGUGUUGGAGAUAGUAAGUGGUAAAAAAAACAGAGGAUUCUCUCAUGAAGAUCACAGUGACAACCUUCUUGGACAUGCAUGGAGAUUAUACAAAGAAAACAGGUCAAUUGAACUUAUGAGUGAGUCGUUACGUGAUUCGUACAUUAUAUCUGAAGUACUACGAACAAUAUAUGUUGGGCUAUUAUGUGUGCAACAUCAUCCAGAAGAUAGACCAACUAUGAUGUCGGUGGUUCUGAUGCUGAUCAGUGAGGGCGUGUUGCCUGAACCUAAACAACCAGCCUUUUUCACAGGAGAAAGUCAUGGGGGAGUUCAGCCGGUUGCAUCAUCUGGGGAAUACAUGAUAACACAAUUGAUUGCUCGAUAGUAAGCACAUGUUAUUAAUGUUAAAUGUACACAUACCCACAACAGUUGGUUUAGUAAUUUUUAUCUAGUUGAAGCAUGUGGUUUUCUGGAGUUCGUAAGUUGAAGGUUCAAUUGUAACGAUACAAAUCCCAAAAAAAUGAUUGUUCGAUAAUAACCUUUAUUAGUACGUCUAUUUGAUAUUAACUUUCUUUGUUUUCA